AUGGCUGCCUUCCCUUACAUGGCCAUCUUUCUCCUGAUGUCCAUCACUGGGGAAAAAGCUGUGUUUUCAGGAUUCUUGAAACCACGUGAACCUUCUAGAUGGCCUAAGCCCCCAUGUGAAAUAUACUACCCACCGGAAUCUCGGAAUGACAUGUUCUGCCCCAAUGUGACUGCGUAUGUUUGUACUACACGCGGCCAAGUCUACCAGAAUGAGUGUCAAUUUUGUGUUGCUCGGUGGGAAUUUGGUCCUCAUAUUCAAUUUGAAAAAUAUGGGAAAUGUUCUGAUAACUAA